GGAGGGGCAGAACGGUGCGUUUUGUGGUUGCAAAAACUAUCAUCCAAAUCUCUGAGAAAGGGAGAAGAAAGAGUGUGUUUGUUCCUCGGGAAAAACUUCAGGCAACGGCUUUUGUCGUGGAAUUCUUGUGGAUCCUCUCUCGCGCACGGGCAUGGUUGAAAACAGAAGUGUACUUUGUUGUUUGGGUUCUCAUUGAUGACCAAAUCCUUGACAUUGAGUUUUCACAAGCAGCUGGAAACCAGAUUUCGCUUCAGUGCUAGUGCUGGAAACCAGUUUUCAAAGGAGCAGUUUUUGUUGAUCUUGUGGAUGUAAAAUGGGUGAUGAUGGGCAACAGGAAAAUGGGAGAUUCAAGGUGGGUUACUACAAGGGAGUACAUCCUCCGUGGAAUAUGAUGGUCCAGCAUCAAGCAAAACAAAAUAAUGCUUUAGAGAUGAAUAAAAAGAUAAUGUCCAUCCUUGCCGAGAGGGAUGCAGCCAUUCGAGAAAGGAACACAGCAAUAUCAGAAAAGCAGGAAGCCUGGGCUGCACGAGACGAGGCUCUCAGGCAGCGAGAUGAAGCACUUACUGAGCGGGAUAAAGCCCUGAUGGUUCGAGAUAAUGCUCUAGCCGCAAUUCAAUAUCGAGAGAAUUCAAUGAACUUUCCUUUGGGUGGUGGAGUUCAACAUGGAUCGAAGCGUCUCUUCCCUCCAACAUAUCAUUCAACUGAAACGAGUGAAGCUCUUGAAUCUGGAGAAAUGCAUGUAACCGAAGCAAUUCCUUUAUCAACCAUUGCUGCUGAAACUGGCAAGUCACGCCAGGUAAAACGCAUGAAGGAGAAUAAAGCACAUGAACCAGGUCAGGGUGCAACAAAGUCACCGCGAAAGAGGAAGAAAGUAGGUGAGGAUUUGAACAAGCAAGUUCCAUCUCAUGGGAAAAAGAUUAAGGUUGACUGGGAUAGUCAGGACAUGGGCUUGAACCUGAUCCAUUUUGACGAUACCACCAUGCCAGUUCCAGUUUGCUCAUGCACAGGAUUCCCUCGUCCCUGCUACAAAUGGGGGAAUGGUGGAUGGCAGUCAUCUUGUUGCACCUUUACUAUUUCGUCAUACCCGCUACCACAGAUGCCAAACAAGCGCCACGCCCGAGUGGGUGGGCGGAAGAUGAGUGGCAGUGUCUUCACGAGACUGCUUACUCGGGCAUCUGCAAAUGGCUAUGAUCUGUCGCAGCCGCUUGAUCUCAAGGAAUAUUGGGCCAAACAUGGGACGAAUCGCUACAUCACCAUCAAAUAGCUUGCAAAUAAUCUUUGAAACAGAGGGUGCUUUCGUUUUUUAGCCUAUUUAUCUAGUCUUAGACUUAACUGACAAUUUUCUUUGGCACUUGUGCCUGAGCUGCAGUAGAGCUGAACAUGGGAACUUCUUGUAGGAUGACUAUUGUUCAUGGUUCUUUUUCUUCAAAAUAGGCUCUUGUUGUCAGACU